AUGUUUUGGCGCUUUGGGGGAUACGCGAAUAUCUCCACCAUCGAUACACUACUCGACAAACCCGAUAUCACCCUUGAAGAACUCCUAGAUGAGCCCGAAAUUAUUCAAGAAUUGAAACAGCUUAAUACGAAACUCAUUGAAUAUCUGCGCGAGGAUCAUGUCUUGAAACGGCUUAUGGACUAUGUCACUGCACCAAGCUUGGUGAGUGAUGACGAAGAGAACGAUGAAGAUGAUGUGAAAGAUGCCUCAAAGAAGGACAAGGAUGCUGCCGCUUCUGUGGACCAGACAGACACAGACGAGGAGAAGGAAGGGGAUCCGCUGAAGGAUAUUCUUGACCCGGAUGACCUGGACAAAGUUGAGAAGAAUCGUUUGAAGCAUGCCUAUAUCGCUUGUGAGAUUCUGUCAUCCGAGACCUGGUCCAUCCUCGAAUCUAUGAUGGCCAACCCUUCGUACCUGCGAGACUUUUGGGACUUCCUGCGACGAUCACCGCCUCUCGAUUCAUUGCAGGCAAGCUACUUCACCAAGGUAAACGAGACUUUGCUUGAUAAAAAGACUGAGGAGAUGCUGGAGUUCCUUAAGACUCUCGAUGGAAUUGUCCCAGCAUUGUUGCAGCAUGUUGAUAACCCGAUGGUCAUGGAUCUCCUCCUGAAAAUCAUCAGCCUCGAAAAGGCAGAGGGUGGCCAGGGUACCGUCGACUGGCUCAAAUCUCAGGACCUAAUCCCCAAUCUCCUGUGUUUCUUGUCGCCCGAUGGCCCGGCAUCCGUUCAAACCUCAGCAGGUGACUUCCUGAAAGCGAUCAUCACUAUAUCUGCAAAUGCAAGCCCGAAUGACCAGUCAUGUAUUGGCCCUAACAGCUUGACACGUCAGCUUGUCUCGACCCAGUGCGUACAGCAGCUCAUCGAUGCCAUGCUCAUGGGUGGUAACCCCCUGACCGUGGGCGUGGGUAUUGUAAUCGAGGUAAUUCGCAAGAACAAUUCGGACUAUGAUCCUGAGUCCCUUGGCGGACCUGAUACCAUGCUCACCACUUAUGACCCAAUCUAUCUUGGAACGUUGCUGCGUCUCUUCGCCAAACAUAUUCCGCAGUUCAUGGCUCUCAUUCAGAGUUCCCAACACACUAUCCAUGAUGGAAACAAGCUCAAGACUGUUGAGCGAGGAAAGUUGAGCUCCGCAUGGGGUGGCCAGAUUGAGCCUCUUGGUUUCGACCGAUUCAAGACAUGUGAAUUGAUGGCAGAGCUGCUUCAUUGCAGUAAUAUGGGUCUUCUGAAUGAGCCAGGCAGUGAUGAGUACGUCAAACAGAGAGAUGAGGAACGUGAGCGGUUGAUCCGUGAAGGGGUUUUCAAUCCGCACCAAGACGAGAAUUCCGGGAUUGAUUGUAAUGAUACCACGGCCGAUUUUGCAAACGAUUCAGCCUUUGAUUCUGGAUCACCGGAAGAUACCAAACCCACAGAAGCGCCACGCGCUGGCGAAGAAGAAGGGUUUGAAGAUGUUGGUGCAUCUGGUGUUUUAGUGGGCGCAAAAGCUGGUGCCGACACAACGCCUAGUGCAAACCCGCAGUUAACGGAAACGGCCAGUGAGAUUCCUUCAUCAGAUACCACAGCAGAAAAGCCGAUGUCUCCCGACGAAACCACAAAUCCAUCUCAGACUUCCACCGCAGCCAUUGACCCCGCGUCGCCUACUAUUGGUCUCCCUGACCAAGUUGGCAGUAUGAAGCUUGAAAAUGAACCACAAGACGAGCAGCAAAAGUCCGAAAAGAACAGCCAAGAGCCCGUGGCUUCUCCCCCUCAAGAUGUGCCUGCCCCUCUUUUCUCGAAGGAACAGGGAUCGGAGUCGAAUCCGCCUCCUGCCGAUCAAUCGGAAGAAACACCUAGUGUUACUGCACAGGCCGAGGAAUCAAGCAUUAUGAAUGAUGGAGGCGAUGAGGAUUCGGCGGAACAAUACAUCCAACUCGAUACUGACGGGCGACCUGUCGUCGGUGAUUACUUGAAGAUCCAGUUUGUGGAGAACAAAGUGGUCCCAACAAUUCUGGGCUUCUUUUUCCGUUUCCCAUGGAAUAACUUCCUUCACAAUGUUGUUUACGAUGUGAUCCAACAAGUCUUCAAUGGCCCCAUGGAGCGCGGCUACAACCGGGCACUUGCAGUCAAUGUAUUUGACGUCGGACAGAUCACCACCGCGAUUGUUGAAGGACAGAAGCGCAGCGAUGAAACCCAACGGACUAAACAAAUCCGCCUCGGAUACAUGGGCCACCUUACUCUUGUUGCGGAGGAAGUCGUUAAGUUCAGCGAGCGUCAUCCGCCAGAGUUGCUGUCACGGGCCGUUAUGGAGAGCGUGUUGAAUCCUGACUGGAUUGAGUACGUCGAACAGACUUUGUCAGAGACUCGCGAGCGGGACAAUGCCAUCCUAGGCGGCGUUCGUCCUGAUAUGUCUGGGUCUCGUCAGACUAGCCUUAACAACACCAACUCUGGCCAAGGCUUCUCAAAUUCCAAUGCUCUGUCGGACGCAGGGCUGAAUGGAGGAAUCGGUGGCUCAAACUUCCAGAGCUUUGACCUCAGCCAAGGAAGUGUUUCCGGUGGAGCAUUCGGUGGAGGUGGCACCUCCCUUCUGAGUGGCUUUGCCAGUUCAAGCGAUGAUGACGAGGACGAAGAAAUGGAGGACCAGGACGAUAGAGACUCCGGGAAUGCUGAUCAAGGAGACACUGACAAUGUGUUGACAAGCUCAGCCAGUCAACCUAUUCCUAUUUUACCUCCGCCACCUGCUCCAUUGAGCCUCGGUCCAUCCCGAGCACGCCGUCAACUAGCCGCGCGCCUUGCCGCCCAAAAGCAACAAUCAUCAGAAAACGAUGAAGGCGACGGGGAAGACAGAGGGGCCGAAGAAAAUGGGGACCGAGAGUCAGACUGGCCGAGCAACCCAUUCGUAAUUGCAGGGAUCGAUGAUGAUGCCGAGGGAGGGAACUCUGCGUUCCCUAAUAGUGACUUUGGUUCAGCCAACGCCAAACACUCACCUACCUUCCCAGAAUCGGGAUUCAGCCCUCCAGACUCGCUGUCGACCAACUCAUCUGAAGAUGAAAGCGAUGGCCACGCCGAAUCCGUGAGGCGCCAGGUUCGUGUCCCCCUCGAAGUCGAGGAUGACGACGACGAGAUGGGUGAGAUGGUAGGACCAAGUGGCAUUGGCAUGAUGGACUCCGACGAUGAGGAUGAGGCCAUAAUCAAUGAAUCUCUUGGUUACUCCAACCUCUCGGGGCCCGGCCGAUACAACAACUUCCGCCGAACCCGGGCCGUGAGCUCUCAUUAUGAUGACGAGCAAAACGACAGUAGCGAUGGUGAGGAUGAUGGAUUGGUGGAAAUUGUGGUCCCUGGCCGCAAGUCCUCGACCUCGAACUAA